AUGGGCACAGCUAACAUAUUGAAUACUCUUCUUCUGGUACGCUGGUAACAUUUCUUUUUCAACGUUUUUGUGUUUUAGGUUGGUGCUGUGGUAAUUGCUGCCGGAACACUUGGUGUGGCAAUUGCUAUUCUCAUCAAUGUUAACAACAACAAUGGUGGAAAUCCUGACUCGAACAACACAUCCAACAUUGCUUGUAAGUCAAGUAGAGAUAUAGGUAUUUCCAGACUUGAGCUAAUUUUUUUUUUAAAAUUUGCCUUGAUAAGACAAAUACUAAAUACACAAGAGCGAUAAAUUGAAAGUAUUUCUCGAGACAUCUCGCAUUUCUAAAUGUUACUGUAAUCCAAUGUAAUCGACGCGGUAGAACCCAAGUUUUUUCAACUGCUCAUAUAAUCUGCUUCUCAGCGCAAUUGCUGAAUAUCCCGUCGUCACAACAGAUAUCCUCGGCAGAUUCUAAAUACAGUUCUUAUCAACAAGUCGUUCAGUUAUUCAAGUAAGGUUAAACCAGAUCUGUUGUUUUUUUCUUAAGAACUAGUAAACUGUAUUGUUAGGGCGUCUGUGAACUUGUCAGUGAAUCCCUGUGAUGAUUUCUAUGCAUAUACAUGUGGAAAUUUCAACGGAGAUAUAAGCUUUGACGUGUCCGAUGAUUCCAACAUCAAUGAUAUGGUGAAAAAGUUGACUGAUGAUCAAUACAUCAGUGCAGCGGUAAAGUUGUUUUUCUUUCUAGACGUGUUUUUUACCAGCAGCUCUAAUUUUCAGCCGCUCCCAGUGAAACAGACCAGGUGGUACUUCGACGAAUGCGUCAAAGCCCGGCAAAAUUGGAAUUCACUGGUAGAGGAUGGGAGUAUUGUCACAAGCGCUAUAAACAAUCUUGCUACUGGUGCUGGAGGUUUCGAGUCUACAACUAAGUUUCCCUUUCCAAUGUUGGACCAAAAUACGGACGUCAAAACCUUCCCGAACAAGUUCGGCCUCGGAUAUUUAGCAGGAUCACUUGCAGCAUCAGGAGUUGACACAAUAAUUUCGGCUGGUGUUGACACAAACUGGAAGGAUCCAUCUGGUCCUAAUGGGUUUGCUUAUCUAAUUGACCAACCUACCACAUUUGCGCCGAACACCUACUAUCUCAAAAAUUGGGCCAACACGAAUGCCUCGUAAUUUUUUAUUAGUUGGUUCGGCUCUUAGUACGUUUUACAGAUUGGCAUCUUCAAUCACAGCAACGAUGCAAUUACUUGCUUCCGUUCAGAAAAAGAAACUUGAUCCUGCCAUCCUCUCAAAGGAUGUUAAUGACAUAAUUCAUCUCGAUUACAUUCUUGCUACAGUUUUUUCCACCGAUGACACUACUCGACGAAAUUAUGAUCGCAGCUACAACCCGAACACAAUGUCUCAGUUGAGAAACGUCUAUCAUGAUGAUUUAUUCAGUUGGCACAUGUUCUUACCCUUAGCUACAGGCGCCGCAGAGCAUGUUAUUUACAAGAUCUUUGAUCCGACUUACAACUAUUACGUUGUUAUGGAGCCAGAGAAACUGAACUUGCUGCUGACUAAUUUACAAGUCAACAACCAAUAUGGUAUUACGCCAAGAUCUGUUGUCAACUAUUUCUAUUACCGACUAGUUGAUGCCAACAGUGAAUUCCUCCCUUGGCCGACUACUGUAAGAAAAAUAAGAAAAUCGCGAUUCAGUAGAUCAAUCAUCCUAGAUUUUUUCAGUCAACCAUUGUCCGCCCAUUUGUGAAAAUACAAAAGCAGCCAAUUGGUCGUCCUCGACAUGUUGAUCCUGCAAAGAGAAAGUACAGCAGAAAGCAUAUUGACGCGGUUAGUGAAGCACAAUAUAGUUGCGCAGCUGAGACAAUCGAUCAAAUGCAGGUAACUAGCGAACUUCAAUGUUUUUCUUGCAUUACAAACUGAUUCAGUACGCGAAUGCUCGACUUUUUGUUGAUCAAGUCUACCCAACUGAAACUGAUCGGCAAAACGUAAGAGAACAUGUGGCUAAAGUGGCCAGCAGCAUUGUUGUUGGCUUCCGAUCUAUGAUUGAUCAACUUGAUUGGAUGUCAAGUUCAACAAAAAAAGGUGCAUACAACAAAAUCGAGAAUCUAGUUAAAAACAUCGCCUAUCCUGACUGGAUCACUGAUGAUAACUUACUCACCUCGUAUCAUACUGUAAGAAUCAAUUAGCACAAGUUUAUUUUCUGCUUCUCAUUCUAGGCUAUGAAUUUCACGCAAUUAGAUGACUACUUCACCAUGUACAAUAACGUCUUGAACUUCAACAUGUUUGAACAAUGGGAUCAACUUGUUCAAGGGCCAGCAGACCGAACUGCCUUCAAUGGGCCCCCCGGAAUCACCAACGCCUGGUACCAGCCAGAACUUAAUUCAAUCACAUUCCCUGCCGGAAUUCUCAAAAAGCCAUUUUACGACUAUAACUGGCCCGCAUCUGUCAAUUUCGGUGCUAUGGGAGUUAUUGCCGGCCAUGAGUUAACACAUGGAUUUGACGAUCAAGGAGUUCAGUGGGAUGGUGUUGGAACUCUCAGUGGGUAUGUCUGAAAAAUUCCAGAAAUUAUAAUUUAUUUUUCAUACUAUUUUUAGUUGGAUGGAUAGUAAAUCAAAGACUGAUUUCAAUAAGAUGGCACAGUGUGUAGUUAACGAGUACGGUAAUUUCUGUCCGUUGAAUAAAGCGACUUAUGGUAGUGCGGCAUGCAUUGAUGGAGCACAAACGCAAGGCGAAAACAUCGCUGACAAUGGAGGGAUUCACUCUGCAUUCCGUGCUUACAAAAACUACGUUGAUCUAUAUGGACCAGAUCCAUCUCUUCCCGACGACACAUUACAGUACUUCAAUCCAGAUCAGCUAUUCUUCCUUAGUUUUGCUCAAGUCUGGUGUCAGCUGCCAGCAUCCGACGCACAGUUCCUAAAACAAUUGCUUGUUGAUGUCCAUUCACCGUCCAUUUAUCGUGUGUGGGGAACCAUUCAGAACUUCCCUGCUUUUAAAACUGCGUUCAAUUGCCCGCCAUCAAAUUACGCCCCUGACAGUCAUUGUAAUGUAUGGGUGUCAGAUAUUGAUACGAGUAAGAUUUAUAUAUAUAUAUAUAUAUAUAACUUCUUAAUUAAUCGGUUCGUUAAGCAUUCGGCUUGCCUAAUGUUCAGACGGAUCUCAAUGUGGUACCUGAAGCCCAAAUAACUUCAAGAGAUGUGGACAAGAUGAAUUCUUACCAAAUGGUAGUCAGUUACUAUUCGGUAAGUUGAGAUUUAUUUGCGCGAGCUCUUGAUAGUGUAUAUCUAGAAAUCUGUGAACACUGCAAUAGAUCCUUGCACGGAUUUCUACAGUUAUGCGUGUGGUUCGUUUAAUCAGCCAGUUUCAUUUACAACUGCUCGCGCUAAGAACUUGGUGUACAUGUCCUCGAAACUUGAAGAUCCUUCUUAUCAAGGAACUAUUUCAAACGUGUCUGCUCUAACAAAGGAAAAACAACUUUACAAUGCAUGCUUAGCAGCAACAAAGACAAAUCAAACGGAAGAUGAAAUUUUGAUCCAGAAAAACUAUAUUGGACAGAAAGUGAAAAUUCUUGUUGGAUUACUAGGGCAACCAUUCUCGCUUGUGAAUGGAGGAACAGUUAACUUGCCAAGUUCAAAGCAGAUUGCUGACGGCAUUGGAUACCUGUCAUUCUCAGAAGGUGUUGAUACACUGAUCAGUCCUCUUGUCGACACUUAUUGGAUUGACAAUGCCCAAGGAUACCAAUUGUUCAUUGAUCAGAACACUGCAUAUCUGUCGAAGACGUACUAUCAACCAGCAGCAUGGAAGAUUGAGAAACCAAAGUACCUGAGAACUGCGAGAGAUGUGAUUCAACGAUAUGCUAAAGAGCAACAAAUCUCUUUACCAACUAAUUUCAAUGAUACUCUCGAAUCAGUUCUAGAUUUUGAGCAAACAAUUGCUAUCAAGUACAGUACAGACGAUGAUACGAGAAGGCAGUUCAACCGAUCAUGGAACCUAAUGAAAGUUCAAGACAUAGGAAACAAAUAUUCUUUUCUCGAUUGGCUGGCGUACUUAGGACAUGCUCCCAAUACGGUCCGUACAAAGGUCACGGAUGGGAAUUAUCAAAUUUCCAUUAUGGAAACUGAUCGCCUGGCGCAGUUUUCUGCAGAUUACAAUCUGCUUCGUCCAGAUCUACUCGUCAAUCUUUUGUUCGUACGUCUUCUUCUCGGAAACGCUCAAUAUAUUCCAUCAUAUGCGAGUGCUUUCUCGCAUUUGUCCGAAGAGUCUAUUCUCCUAGGGUUAUCUAGAAGAAGGACAAUCCCGAAUAUUCUGCCAUCUAGCGUCGACGAGUCGUCAAAUGGUCCUUAUUGUGCUGGUGUUGCCAACAAUUUGAUGCAAUUCGCGAACGGACGCGUUUUCAUUGACUACAUGUAUCCGACAGAAGAUGAUGUCAGCAACGUUCGAACAUCAGCAGGCGGUAUCAUCGCCAACGUCAUAACAUCUUUUCAAGGAAUGAUUGAUCAACUCGACUGGAUGAGUCCAGACACCAAGAAGAAGGCCUAUGAUAAGACCGUGAACAUACGUAGGUGCUCAGGCAAAUCGUUUGUAAUCUAGUUAUGAGGUUCCGUAAUCUAAACCGAAUCCCGAAUCUAGCUAUUAUAGGGGCACCGCACAGAAAUGGUGCUCUGUUGAGAAACUCUUUUUGCAGUGCAAAUUGAGCGACCUCGGGGCCGAGUUUGAAAAUUUAGGCCACGUUUUCAGUGGAAAAUUACUUCGCGGCCUAGAAAUUCGGCCAGAUUGUGAACAGCGCGCCCUUUCUGUCCGGUGCCCCUAUAAUAGAUGAAAAUGGAAUCUAAACUAAAUCUAGCUAGAUUUGACCGAAAGGUUAAUCUGAUUAGAUGAAUUUUGAAUCUAAUAUCAAUGUUUUUGCAAUAUAAUUAGGAAAAUUUUGCUUUGUCCAUCUAAUUAGAAAAUUUAUCAAUCUAGUUAGAAGAAAUUGGAAUCGAAUCGCAAUAAAUUAGCAAUCUAACUAGGUCCGGUUAGAAACGCGAAUUAGCUAGCUAGAUUAGAAACGAUUUACCUGGGUGACUCAUGGCUCGUUACUAAAAGCUUUUGAACGCUUUACAGAGAGAAAUAUUGCUUUCCCGGACUGGAUCGCUAGUGAUCAGCAGUUGAGUGAUUACUAUGGUGAUCUUAUCAUAGCAGACAGUGACAACUAUUACGACAUUUAUGCUAAACUGGUCAAGUUCAAUAUUGAGCUGCAGUACAACCAACUCAAUGCUAAGCAGACGGAUCGCACCGAUUUUCUGGGACAGCCUGGAACUGUUAAUGCGUGGUAUCAGCCAGAGCUGAACUCAAUUACGUUUCCUGCGGGUAUUCUUGUUCCCCCUUACUUCCAUCCAAAAUGGCCUCCAAGUGUUAACUAUGGUGGAAUGGGUUUGGUAGCUGGUCACGAACUCACACAUGGUUUCGAUGAUCAGGGAGUGCAGUGGGGACCAACGGGAAACCUUGCUGGGUGGAUGGACCAGAAUUCUACAGAUGGGUUCAAUCUGAUGGCUCAAUGUGUCAUAAACGAAUAUGAUGGAUUUUGCCCGCUUGAUUCCUCAAAGUACUCACCGAACUGUGUAAAAGGAUCUCAGACUCAAGGAGAGAACAUAGCAGAUAAUGGAGGUGGGAUAUCAUCAUCGUCAUUCCUAUAAUUCUUAUUCUUAUCAUUCUAUUCUGGGCUUUUUUAAUUUUAGCCAUGGCUUGUAAGCUCAGUUCGUUGCAUCUAUGAAUUUGAGAAAAAGAGAGAGAGAGAGAGAGAGAGAGAGAGAGAGAGAGAAACCAGUGCGGUACUUUCAAAAUUUACAGGUAUUCAUGCUGCAUUCAAUGCUUACCGCUACCAUCAAGCGCUUGAUGGUCCAGAUCCGCGCCUGCCUGAUCGUCUGUUCGGGCAAUUCACUCAUGAUCAACUGUUCUUCAUGAGCUUCGCUCAGGUAUGGUGCGAAAUUAGACGUUCCGAUGAUGCUCUCUACACUCAAAUUAUGGUCGAUCCUCAUUCGCCUUCAAUGUACCGCGUUUUUGGGACAAUUCAGGUAGCUUAAAUUAAUGCUAGAAGAAUUUUUAUCUUAUUCUCAGAACUUCCCUGCAUUCCAAACUGCAUUCAACUGCCCUCUUGGAUCUGCAAGUGCGCCGACGUCGCAUUGUGACGUUUGGGCCCCCACGAAAUACCAGUAG